AUGACACCAGAAACUGUGAAUAGUCGCAGUCCAUCUCUAGCUUCUCACACUCUCCCUCGCGUGCCUUCGAUAGUGCAGCCGGUGUUUGAUGUUUCAGCUGUCUCUCUCGAUGACGGUCUAGUAAUGAGGAUGUUCGAAGCCUUCUUCCAGCAUGUGCAUCCUAUACCUCUCUACUCUUUCUUCCACAAAGCAUCUUUGGUGCAGCGUUUCGAAGCAGGCCAGCUGGACACCUCACUCAUUUUGUCAAUGAUUGGUAUGACCUGUCAACUACUUGACAUGGGACCGGGACUGCGCGAGUAUGGAGCCGCUUGCCUCCAAGAAGCAGAAGCUCUUGUUUUGAAGAACAUCGGCACCCCAUCCGUUGUCAUGAUUCAGUGCCUUGUGCUCAUAAUCCGCCAUCAUGCCCACCAACGGCGAUUUCGAAAGGCAUUCAUGCUCUUCGCCAUCGCAUCCAGGUGCGCAUACGCCUUACGGCUGAACUAUGAGUCGCCUUCGUUGUGCUUUCUGGCGCAGGAAUCUCGCCGUCGAUUGAUGUGGUCGCUCUACAUCAUCGACACGACUAUGGCUGGAGGCGCUCGAGAGCUUGUGAUGUGUCCAACAAGCUCAAUUCACAUUCAGCUCCCCUGUCAAGAGAGGAACUUCGAGUUCGACCUUGCUCAAGAGACAGAACCUCUGCAGCCCGAGCCAAAGAAAGCGCUUGCAGAAAGCGUCGGAUCUCUGGGCAUGUAUGUUCGACUCUUAUGGCUUCGCCAUCGCAUACUACAGACGACUAAGGAUGCUGUGCUAUUCGGUGGCUACCACGUCGAGGAGUUUCCUACGAAGGUACAUCAGCUCGAAUCCGAGCUCGAAGACUUCGAAAUGUCCUUACCGCAGUCGUUCCGCUUCUCGGAGAAGAAUCUACUCCUUCGCGCAUAUUCACCUCGUCUUUGCCCUUAUUUGCUGAUACAUGUAUGGUACCGUCAACUAUACUGCGACUUGUAUCGAGUCACUCUACGUGGACUGGCUGAAGCGAUACCUGAUCCGGAAAUGGAUCGCAUGGAUGAGGGCUUCUUAAGAGACUGUCGGAAGAAAUGCCUCCAAAAUGGGAUCGAGCUCGCUGAAGUUUUCAAGAGCUUCAAGCGCUCAGAACUGGUUGUCCGAUGA